AUGGAAAACGGUAGACCUGACAGUGACUUUGCAUCGAGACAGGAUGACCCUUUCCUACAAUUCAAUGGUUUACUGUACAAUUUUGAGUUUGGUUCGCCCAUCAGUCGAAACUCUCGCAUUUUCGAGGCUGGUUCGUCCGAUGAAGCAAAUUCGUAUAGUCGAUAUAGGCCUCGAAACCCGGCAGCGAGGGCUAAAAAGUCUCGAUAUUCAUGGGGUGGAUUUGAUCUUGCACAUCGGAAUCAAGAUGCGGAAUCUCAAGAUGAUUUGAUUGCUAUUUUGGAGCAUGACGAGUCGAACAUGAAUGAAGUUACUGCUGCGGCUCCUGCACCCAGUUCUUCUUCCCGGACUCAAAGGACGACACCCCAGAGAAGAUCUCGCUAUCAAGACAAUCGUCGAGGUGGCAUUGUGGUGGAUGACAUUCUCGCAGAUUCGAUUGCCAUUGGUGCUACUGUCCAUAGGGACUCUCACACCAACCUCAACGCUAAUACCCAUGACAACAACAAUGAUAACACCACAGAGAUUAUUCAAGCGUUCAUUCCUCAGGGAAACACCCCAGAACCGUCUGAAACCCCCACACCAGAAAAGAAACGCAACAUCAUUCGACGGUGGUCAUUAUCCUUGUUUGGUAGGCGGAAGAUUGAUACAAUGUCAAGAGGUUCAAUAGAAGUUCAAUAUCCUCAUCCUCCUCCACUUCCCAGCUUGCAGGAGUGCGGCCUUCGACGUCUCCAUGCGUCCGGCAACACCAUGGCGCGGAAAGGCUCUGGUCCAGAUGGCCCUCUUCAGACAGCCCUAAUGGAAUCUACGUCUGCAGCCACUAUAAGAGCUGCUGACGGCUAA